AUGUUCAAAAUCGUCUUUCUAUUCUCGAUUUCUUUUUUCGUUUACACGAUUGAAGCGGCUUGUCCAAAUGGAAUGAUACCAAUCUUGAAUGAAACAAAAUGUCUCUAUCAGUCACCGGAUUAUCAAGACGCCGAUCAAGCAAUUCUUAUUUGUCAACAAAUCGGUGGACAAAAUGCUGGAUUAGCAAAAAUCGAUAACUCAUUUGAAAACGGAUUUGCUUGGCAGUUGAUUCGCAAUUUGGCUCCAUUUCUCAUUGGAGUGAAACAAACGGCGAAUGGAGUGUGGACACAAUGGGAUGGCAAACCGCUUACGUACACCAAUUGGGCACCUGGUGAGCCGAAUUCGAUUGUCGGUUGUGCGGCCAUCGAUUCCUCGAAUGGACAAUGGAAAGCGGUGAAUUGCUACUUCCGGAACUCAUACUUUUGUACAGUU